UCUCGCUCUGAUUCUCUUUGCGCGUGCUCUUGCUCGGCGGACAGACGAGACCUCUCCUGCCUUGCUCCUCUUCUUCGCUCUCUUAUCUUCCACGUCUGUUCAUAGCAUCCUCUUCCUUUAUCUGAUUGUUAUUUAAAUUUUUUUUUUUACAUUUCUCCCUCUUUCUCCCACACCUCCCCUGUGCCAAGGGCAUUAGUGGGGGUCCCAGGGUGCGUGUGUGUGUGUGUGUGUGUGUGUGUGUGAGUGUGUGUGUGUGUGUGUGUGUGUGUGUGUGAGAAAGUGUGUGUGUUGGGAGUUUUCGUUAUGGAAGCAGUGGCACUGUAUACGUUUCGUGCCACAGAGAGCGAUGAACUCAGUUUUAACAAAGGAGACUUGCUCAAGAUCACCAACAUGGAGGAUGAUCCUAACUGGUACACAGCUGAGCUCCACAACAGAAAAGGCUUCGUGCCAAAAAACUAUAUCAACCUGCGGCCGCACGCCUGGUUUGCCGGUCGUAUAUCUCGCGGUGUGGCAGAAAGUCGACUCAGACACAGGGAGUGUGGGGCUUUUCUGGUCAGAGAGAGUGAGAGCGCCCCUGGAGAGUUCUCCAUGUCCGUCAGCUACGGGGACCACGUUCAGCAUUUCAAGGUGCUGCAGGAUCGCUGUGCUCAGUACUACGUGUGGGACGAGCUCUUCUCCUCUCUGAAUGAGCUGGUGGAGUUCUACCAUAGCAACAGCAUCGCUAAAGAGAGGACUGUCUAUCUGAGAGACCCCGAGCACUUCGCUAGGCGUCCCCAUCAUGCCCACGCUCUCUUCGACUUCACCCCACACCAUCCCUCCCAGCUACGCUUCCUGCGUGGUGAUGUCAUCGAACUCAUUGACUGCUCCGAUUCGAUGCGCUGGAGGGGCCGUUGUCAUGGAAAUGUGGGCUACUUCCCGCCGGAGUACGUCAAGCCCAUUUACCACUGCCAAUGACCUGUCGACUCGAUCAAGUACUCAGCCAUUCCCACAGGUUCAUCAAUGAGCCAUCUUGACCCCGCCCCUCACACUGCUCCCUUGCUCUGCACUUGCCCAUUCACUUUUGGAGCAGACACUUGAUGAGCUUCAACUGAACUGCUUAUUAUAUAACGGACUCCUCCCAUUUCCCCGUGAUGCCACCUGUCAAUCACGAACCUUGUCCAAGCAGCCACUACAGGCUCCUCAAACACGUAAUCCCACACCUCCACUGCUCUUUAAAUGUAAAAAAGAAAAAGAAAAUGAAGAUAUGGACCUAGACACUGUGGAGAACUCACAUACAUAUACACACACAGACAGACAAACCCACACACACACAUACUCCCAGGCGCAGUCAUUUAUUACAGCUUAUCUGCACUGGUGCAGGCUACAUAAAAGCAACGCACACACUCUCUCACACUAACCUGAUGAAAAAAAGAACGAGUCCCAUGGGAGGUUGUGGAGCAAGGGCAGGGCUUUCUCUGCUGUAGAUGAGUCAGGAUUGGCUCCAGUAUUUUCCCAUCGCUCCCAAAAGGAGAUCUGCUGAGCUGAGCAGAGAGACACAGAGUCAUUGUCUUGUGAAUUUUUGGGCCAGACACUCAGAGGAUACUGACACAGCAGAUUCCUCUCUUGCUGGGCUGGUGUGUGUGUGUGUGUGAGUAUUUGUGUAUGUUUAUGUUUAUGUGUGUGUGUGUGUGUGUGUGUGUGUGUGUGUGUGCGCGCAUGGGUUUGUAUGUAAAAUAUGGGUCUGAACACAUGUAAACCUGCAAAUUUUAUGUAUGUGGAUGGUUAUUAUGUGUGAUUGGGAAAGUGAAUGCAUGUGCGUGAGUUUGGGGGUUGGGUUGGUGUGUGUGUGUGUGUGUGUGUGUGUGUGUGUGUGUGUGUGUGUGUGUGUGUGUGUGUGUGUGUGCUGUGGACCAAUAAAGGAGCUUACUGUGUUUUAAAUGACCAAUGAGAUGAAUGCUGCCCAGAUGACACUUUGUUUAAAAAUACACAGCUCAUAAAGUAAUGCGCUCAUUUGAUUGUUUCUAUGUAUUUAUUCUUAGUCGUGUGUAAUCUUAAAAUACAUAUAUUACAAGUAAGAUUAAACAUGGUAAAGCGGCUUUGUUUUUGUUUCUGUUGCAACAAAUAGUUUAAGAAAACCACAUUUUAUGUGAUUAGCAGUAACAACUUGGACCAGUCUUCCUUCACCUGUAAUGACAAAUCAUUUAAAUAAAGUGAUACAUUUACCUCUUUGAA